AUGGAGAACGAGAAAACCUCACCUGCCUAUCCUCCGACGAAGAAAUUGCCAGAGACUAGACGGAAUUCCGACGCCGGAGAUGGAGGUACAAGGCAUCUAGUGUACAGAGGCGUGAGGAAGAGACGAUGGGGAAAAUGGGUGUCAGAAAUCAGGGAACCAAGGAAGAAGUCCAGAAUAUGGCUUGGCUCUUUCCCCACACCUGAGAUGGCCGCUAGGGCUUAUGAUGUCGCUGCUUAUUUCCUAAAAGGAUGUAAAGCUCUUCUUAAUUUCCCUGAAGAGGUUGAGUUACUUCCUCGGCCUUCCACGUCAGCCGCUAGGGACAUUCAAAGGGCAGCUGCUGCAGCGGCGAAAUCGGUAAUGUCGGAGAAGGAAAAGAUCGAUAAACCCAACAGUGAUGGAGAUGAUUUCUGGGGUCAGAUUGAGUUGCCUGAGUUGAUGAGCGGAGGCGGCGAGUUUUGGCCGGAGAUGACGUCUGAGCAUUCGCCAGAGUUUCUGUUAUUCGAGUCCAUGUAGUUGGAUUUGUACUACCGAAGCUACAUGGAUGGAAUUAAAAAUGGACCUCUGCAAUCAGGGUUUACUCUCUCU